AUGCUGGUGGUGCCCUCACCCGUCUGGCUGCUGACAGUGUACAGCAUGGAUGUGCUGUCGCGGCUUGCCGAGGUGAAGGCCAGGGUUACCUCUGUCUUCAGGUCCAUCUUAAAGAUGGACUCCACGAAGAAGGUGACCAAGAAGCUCGCCGGUUAUGCUUCGGACACGGCUGCCUGGGCCACAAACGUGGGGAAUGAACACGGGCAUGUCCUCAACCAUGUCCUCACUGCUGGUGAGGGCGAGGGCCUUAUGAAGCGGUACCAACUCGCUGGGGUACCACCCCCCCAGCUCAUGUACGUGGACCGGGACUGUUGCUCCAGCUUUGGCGGAUCGAAGACAGCUUCCAUGUUUCCUGAAUGGGACCAGCUCGUGGUUCGUUUUGACAUCUGGCAUCUGCUGCGGCGGUUCGUAGCAGGUGUCACCACCGAAAGCCACCAGCUGUAUAGGGCCUUCAUGCGCUUUGUGUGCUCUCCCACUACAUCGCAGGGGAACUCAUUGGUGUUGAGUACCUGUACGCCCAGACCACCGAGGGACCCUUGGAGGACGAGUGAUUUCAGGAGGCCAGUCGCCUCGUCCUCCACCUCUGUGGCAGCCCGGUCAGGUGCCUCGUCCGCCACCGGCUGUGACCCUCCUGAGGCCCCUGAACACCAGGAUUCUCCUCCCUCUGACUCCUCCUCAGGCUCUGAGGACAUUCUGUUCCUGGUUUCCCUGUCCUUUGUGUACUUCGCCAAAGCCUUCGGGGGAAGCUACAUGAAGAGUUCUAUCACCCAGAUAGAGAGACGCUUCGACAUCCCAAGCUCACUCAUAGGAUUCAUCGAUGGCAGCUUUGAGAUGGGUAACCUGCUGGUGAUAGCAUUUGUGAGUUACUUUGGGGCGAAGCUCCACAGGCCCAGACUGAUAGGGAUUGGCUGUCUCAUCAUGGCUGCUGGGGCCUUCCUCACCGCUCUGCCACACUUCUUCCAGGGAAAGUAUGUAUAUGAAACAACCCUGUCACAUACACCUGAGGAAAACACUACAGAGAGUAUUCUGCCUUGUCUGGCCAACACGAGUCAUCUUGUCAUAAAUGAUCAGGCUACAGCUGCGAGUAAAGCAGCGUGUGAGAAGGAGGCAGGCUCGUCCAUGUGGAUCUAUGUAUUCCUGGUUAACAUGCUGCGUGGGAUUGGAGAGACGCCUGUCAUGCUUUUAGGAGUGUCCUAUCUGGACGACUACGCCCGAAAGGAGAACAAUGCCAUCUACCUUGCGUGUUUACAGACUGUUGGCAUCCUGGGGCCUGUAUUUGGCUUCACGUUUGGCGCCUUCUGUGCCAAGAUAUAUGUGGAUAUUGGCUCUGUGAAUUUAGAGAGCAUCUCCAUCAACCACAAGGACUCUCGCUGGGUGGGAGCCUGGUGGUUAGGCUUCCUGGUAUCUGGCUUCCUGAUGCUCCUGGCUGGGAUUCCAUUUUGGUUCCUCCCCAAUACUCUGCCUAAGCAGGGCAAGAGCCCCAGCAAAAAGAAACAGAAGGAGGACACACAGGCCAAGAACUCCUCUGACACCCAAGAGGAGGAGCAGGAGCAGGGCAGUUUCCUACCAGAGGACAAUACUGAGGAGGAUGCACCAAAGCCUGUCACCAUGGCUGCCAUGGCUAAAGAAUUUGGGCCGUCCCUGAAAAGACUGUUGCUGAACAAAGUUUACCUGCUGAUCAUCCUGACGUCCGUGGUGGCAUUCAAUGGCUUCAUAGGGAUGAUCACCUUCAAACCCAAGUUCAUGGAGCAGGUCUACGGGCAGUCUCCCUCCAAGGCAAUCUUCUUGAUAGGUUCAAUGAACCUGCCUGCGGUGGGAAUUGGGGUCAUCGUGGGAGGCUAUGUGAUGAAGCGGUUCAAGCUGAGUAUUCUGGGAGCAGCCCGACUCUCCAUCUCCUCCUUCCUCUCCUUCUGCCUCCUGCUCAUCCAGUACUUCCUACAGUGUGAAAACUCAGAGGUGGCUGGCCUCACCAUGACCUAUAAAGGGGCUCCAGAGGUGUCUUACCAGCAGGAGAGCUUGCUGUCUCAGUGUAAUAUGGGCUGCUCCUGUUCCCUGAAACACUGGGACCCUGUGUGUGCCAGCAAUGGCAUGACCUACGCCUCCCCCUGUCUUGCUGGCUGCCAGACCUCCAUUGGCGUAGGCAAGGAGAUGGAGUUCCAUUACUGCACAUGUAUGGGGGAGCUGAAGGGGAAAAUGUUGGCUCUACCAACCAACAUGUCAGUGAUCUUGGGCCAGUGCCCCAGGAAGAGUGACUGUGACAGGAUGUUUAAGUUCUACAUGGCUGUCUCUGUCCUGGGGGCCUUCGUCUCUGACUGUGGGGGCACAUCUGGAUAUAUCGUCCUGCUCAGAUCUAUACACCCCGAUUUAAAAUCACUGGCUCUUGGCAUGCAGACAUUGAUAGUCAGAACUCUGGGUGGAAUCCUUCCUCCUAUAUACUUUGGAGCUUUGAUUGACAGGACGUCUCUGAAGUGGGGUUUAAAGCGAUGUGGGGGUCAAGGAGCAUGCAGACUCUACGACUCACAUGCAUUCAGAAUAACGUUCCUGGGUCUGAUCUAUGGUCUAUACAGCCUGGCCUACCUGCUGUGGGGGGUGCUGUACUGGCAGCUGUCCAAGCGGCAGAAGAAGUUGGUACUGCGAAGCCAGGCCAAGGCUACAGCCCUGGAGGCCAACGGGAACAACAAUCCCAAUGGACAUGCCAUGGUCAGCAUCUUUAAGAACAAAGAUGAUCUGGACAGGGACAGUGAGAGCACUAUCUGAGAUACCGAAGAGCUUUCCAAACCAAUGGUUUCUGAUCCUGUAUUGUGCCAUGCCCAUGAUCCACCUGA